UUCCUGCAGCAGCCCGACGUUUCCUCUUCUUCAGCAUCAUGGAUCACUUUGUUGGGACCUGGACUCUGACUGCCAGCGAGAACUUUGAUGAAUACAUGAAAGCAAUCGGUGUGGGCUUCGCCACCCGGCAAAUGGGCAACAUGGCCAAGCCGAACCUGGUGAUCAGCGUGGACGAUGCUGGGCUCAUUUCAAUAAAGUCUGAAACGACGUUCAAGACCUCGGUGAUCGAAUUCAAGCUGAGCGAAGAAUUCGACGAGACGACUGCAGACGGCCGAUCGACCAAGACCACCAUCACCCUCGAGAAUGGCAAACUUGUGCAACAACAGACUUGGGAUGGAAAGAAAACGACCCUAGAACGAGAGAUUCAGGAUGGAAAAAUGACCACCAAAUGUGUCAUGGAUGACGUGGUUGCAAUGAGGACCUAUGAGAAAGGAACUUAAUUCACAAGUUGUUUUAGACUGGAACUUCACAAGCUAUUGCCAAUAAAGUCUGAACUGUGAU